GCGACCGGACUGAAUAUAGUCGGACGUGUUUCGUGAUAAGCCCCAUUCUAGAUGUAUAGCUAGUAUUGAGUGGAUUUAGAAAACAACGUGGAGAAAUGUCUCAGUUACAAGCACGGUUCUUUACAUAUGACAAGAGGUACGCCAUCGAUGACGUCCCAUUCUCCAUCCCGGCUGCUUCCCAGGUGCAGGACCUCAGCAAUGUCAUCAACAAACUGUUGGAAGCAAAGAAUGCGUCUCAUAACGAGGUGGAGUUCGACUUCCUGGUCAGGGGGCAGUUCCUGCGGAUGUCUCUGUCCAAUCACAUGGAGGUCGACGGCAUAUCAAUGGAAGAAGUAGUGGAAAUAGAGUAUGCGGAACGAGUCGCAGACCUAGAACCACAGGAGUGUAUGAUGCACGACUGGAUCAGCUCCAUAGAUGCAGAUGCUGAAUGCAUGUCUGGGUACUGCCGCCAUUUCAGACGCACCAUGACUACCACCGUGGCGUUGCAGCAUUUACAGGCAUUGGACAGUGGUGAUUCCGAUGCAGGCGAGCUGUCGGAGGUUGAGAGUGAUGGUGACCAUUUCUGGGUGGAUGAAAACAGGUCGUCCUCAUCCUCAUCCGAGUGUGAAUCUCCACCAAGGAAAAAGAGGUCUGUGCUUCCGCCGGAGACUACGGACACAGAUGUCCUGCCCACGGCUGACGGAGCUGGUCUUCCUGAUCUGGGUGUGGAAAAGGGGAAAGACGGGACGAUGUGGAAGAUCCUCCUGCCAACUGAUCGUCCUGAGAAAAGGAAGACCCCCGUUGUGAUCACUGAAGUUGCCGGCCCCACAGCACAUGCUAGGCGCAACAUUGAUGGUGCACUUGCGUCCUUCAUGUGUCUAGUUGACAGUAACAUGCUGGCUCACAUUGUGGCAUGCACUGUAGCUGAGGCACGUCGGCAGUUUGGUGAUGACUCAUGGGACCUGACAGUGGCUGAACUAAAAGCUUUUCUUGCAAUGCUUUUCAUCCGGGGUGCACUGUCUAAAGGUGUGGAGUUGGCCAAGCUGUGGUCUGAAAAAUGGGGCGUCCCAUUUUUCAGGGAAACCAUGUCCAGGAACCGCUUCAAGGAGAUCAUGCGGUUCCUGCGAUUUGACAAAAAGGAGACCCGGUGUGUACGUCUGCAGGAUGACAAGUUCGCCCUGAUAUCGGCCACCUGGAACAGGUUUAUAGAGAACUGCAUAGCCUGCUACAAGCCUGGUGCCGACAUCACAAUAGAUGAGCAGCUGUUAUCCACCAAGGCCCGGUGUAAAUUCCAGCAGUAUAUGGGCAAUAAGCCAGACAAAUUUGGCAUCAAAUUCUGGCUGGCUGCAGAUGUUCACAGCAAAUACAUGUUAAAUGGGGCUCCUUAUAUGGGUAGAGAUGAGACACGAAGAGGUCUGCUCUUAGGAGAGAGUGUAGUGUUGUCUCUGGCAGCUCCAUACCUGGAGAAAGGGAGAAACAUCACAACAAACAAUUUCUUCACAUCUCUGAGGCUGGCCAACAUCUUACAGAAAAAGAAGACCAGCCUCGUUGGCACCCUGGGAAAAAGUAAGUGUGAGAUGCCCCCCUCCGCAAAAAAGAAGGCAGAGCCAUUCAGCACCAAGGUACUGAAAUGUGGCGACAUCACACUCACCAUCUACCAGGGGAGGCCAAGUAAGAAUGUGUGCAUAUUGAGCUCCAUGCACACAACCGUGGGCAUCAUGGAAGGGCCAAAGUCAAAGCCGGAGUCUGUCACAUAUUACAAUAACACAAAGUACAGCGUGGACAUCUUGGAUCAGAUGGUACGCAUGUACUCGGUGAAAAGUGGUACGCGCAGAUGGCCGGUGGCGGUGUUCUACAAUAUCUUGGACCUGGCUGGGAUCAACGCCCACAUCCUCUACAAGGAGUGCACCGGUGCCAGCAUAACCCGGAAGAACUUCCUGCUUCUACUGGCGGAGGAAUUGAGAGCGGAGUUUAUGAAUGGGAAGUUGGCACAAGGUCCCAGUCAGCAGCUGAAGAUCGCAACACCGCAGCAGACACCAAGACGGAGGCAGUGCCAGGUUCGGGGAGGCUGCAAGAAGAACAAAACAGUGGAAAUCUGCUGUAAAUGCCACAAACCCGUGUGUGGCAAAUGUGAGCGGAGGAGAGAUGUGGUUUGCAUUGCCUGUGACCCCUAAUUGUGGUAGUGGACGAAAUUCCCAAUGCAUGUCGGAGUCCAUGCAUGUGGUGGGAUUGGCGUUGUUUGGAACUUUUUGAGUGAUUACUUUCAGUUCUUUCUUAUAUUUCACUUUUUAUAGGCCUUGUUAUUUUUCUUAGAUUAGCUAUGUGUUUGCUUUCUUUUUUCAUUGUUUUAUGGUCACUUUUUCACUUUCAACAUU